AUGCACUCUCUUUACUCUUAAACCCAUCCACCCACCUCUCCCUUGUUUAACCUCUCCCCUAACCCCAACACCCAUUCCUCUACAUUCCAUUCUCACAUUGCACCGUUGUCUCUGACCCCUCUCUAUCUCUCUACCGCACACACCCAAAUACCAACUCCAACUCAAAACGCACACCAAGUGACUGAUAAAUGGCCUCACAGAACCAAAAGCCCACCCCAACAGCAUUGGUCAAGGGGAAGUGGACUCCCGACGAAGAUGAGAAACUAAUCGAGGCUGUUGCCCUUCAUGGUGCAAAGAACUGGACCUCAAUUGCCUCCAAAGCAGGGCUGAAUCGGAGCGGCAAGAGUUGCAGGCUGAGAUGGGUGAACUAUCUGAGACCCAACAUCAAGAGAGGCGACAUGUCUGAACAGGAAGAGGACUUGAUUAUUAGGCUGCACAAGCUUCUUGGAAAUAGGUGGUCUUUGAUUGCGGGAAGAUUGCCGGGUCGAACAGACAAUGAAAUCAAGAAUUACUGGUACACUCGUUUAAGCAAGAAAAUCCAGCAGAAAGAGAAGCAAAGUAACAAUGGAGCUAAUUCGACGAUACAAUUUCCGGCAGUAGAUGAGAAAACAAGUGUGGCAGAUGAUGAUCAGAAGGUCCAUGUAGAAAUGAAGCAAGAGUGCGUGUCAUCAGCAGUGCGUACAAGUGCGGCUCUAAUCAAGAAAGAGGAGGUGAUCGAUCCUGAGGACCACUCCAGCACUUGCAUUAACAAUAUUGAUGCUGACGAGUUCCUUAAUCUUCUCAAUGAAGAAGAACCUUUGAGUUGGGAGAAAAUUCCGAAGAAAUUUGUGAUGAAAUAUGGAAAAGAUCUAUCAGAUCCGGUAUGUCUUAAGCUUCUAAGUGGUUCUGAAUGGGAAGUGGAAUUGAUAAGAUCCAGAGGUUUGAGCGGUAAAUCAGACAUGAUUUCUGAAAGUGAAAACACACAACCUUGUGACAUGUUCGAGAAGCCAGUCACAAACAAAGAGUUGCAUUGUAAUAAAUUAAUAGUGGAAACCCUGGGAAAUAAAGGGGAAAAUGGUUUUCUGACCAAAAGAGAAGGUGGAAGCUCUUCUGGUUGUCAAAAAUUCCUAAAGCAAACAUAUGAGAUACUUGGGAGGAUGAAGCCAUUGACUGCAACUGAGAAAGAUAAUGCCUUCAAUUCUGUUAAUCCUUCUUUUAGGAUUGUCAUGCAUCCUUAUUCUAUUCGUUAUGAAUGUGUGUCUUUGCCAAAUGAAUUUACCAGGAGAUAUCUUAUGAAGCUGCCUGCUGGAAUUGUUAAACUUCGAGUUUUGGAUGGAAGAACUUGGUCUGUUAAGUUCAAGUAUGACCAUUUGAACUCAAGAGCUCGACUCCAUGGUGGUUGGUCAUCUUUUGUUAGGGGAAAUAGUUUGAAAGUCGGUGAUGUGUGUAUCUUUACCCUGAUUAACUGUAUUGAACUUCUAUUUGAAGUUGUCUUUUUCCACACCAAAGACUCUGCAAACUGCCCCUCAUCAACAGGCCAUGGUAGAGGAGCGUCUGUUCAAGUCGAAGAAAAGAAACACCCCAUACUUGAAGUUGAACCAGAUUGCAGCUUGGAUUGUAAAAUUGGCAAGAACAAUCUGUCAAAAAUUAGUGGGCAGGUUACUCAAAUGCCUUCUUCAUCUUUGAGGACCUCAAGGGUUAAUCUUGAAGCUGCAAGUAAGUUUUCAUCAAAGAAUCCCUUCUUCAAAGUCAUCAUGGGGUCAGGCCAUACUAUGCAUAUACCAGCUAACUUCUCUAGGAGUUUCAUCAAACAUGAAAAGCAAACGGCAAUCCUUCAGGUCAAAAAUAGAUCGUGGCACGUGAAUUUGAAUCCUUAUAAGCCAGGUGCAACUUCAAUUUGUGGAGGUUGGGCUGCAUUUGCAAAGGAAAAUUGUUUAAGAGAAGGAGAUGUUUGCAUAUUUGAGCUCAUGGAAUUGAAUGACAUUGUACUGAAAGUUCACGUUUUUAGAUGUUGA